UACCUGGACAGGUGUGGAUGGAGCACAUGGAACAAACAUUUGGCGGCCUGAACCGACUGCAGUCCUCAAUCCCCUCCCCAGGCCAGCUCCAGAACAGGGUCCAGAGCGUGGGGAACUUCUCCACGUUGUCGCGGCAACCGCUGAAGGCCACCGCCUACGUCAGCCACACCAUCAAGGGCUCGGCCUCCAUGCCGACAUGCGCCAGCCUCCAGUCCCUGAACAGCGGCAGCGGCAGUGGCAUCCCCACGCUGAGCAAACAGACCAACUCCACCCCGACCACCCCCCGCAGCAGCCUGCCACGCCCCGCCUCCUUCGUGGGGACCAUAGGCUCCGCCUCUCGCAGCAAGGUGGCCCAGCCUGCACGAAGUUUACUGACGCCUCCAAAGAGCUUGUCCACCCUCAGUGCCCUCCGUGACAGCACCUGGAGAGACGGCUGCUACUGAUGAAGGGAUGCAAGUGGCGCCCCGCUGGCUGGGGUGACUCACUACACCUCAACAUCCAGAUUCCCUUAGAGGAAGUGAGGGG